AUCAGAUGUUUAAAAAAGCUGUGUAUGAAAAAGCUGUAGUAGUUUUAAAAUUAGAAGACUUCUCAAAUUAUAAAUUGAGCUCAGCUAGAAAGAAGGAAAAUAAAUCUAUAGUCUACCAGUCUGAAAAAAAAAAAAAGAUAUUGGCUUCAAAUGAAUUGACGUUGUUAUUAACUAGAAAUGGUGAAUCUGAUAAUUAUAAAUCAAAAUUCAAGUCGUCAUUAAAACCUAACAGGGGAAAUGCUUCUACCAGUUCAUUUAUAAAUGUUGAAGAUCAACACUCUAAAUGUAUGAAUGUGUUUGAAUUAAAUGAACCAUCAUGUUUGGAAAGUGCCGAAGGAAAGGAAGUUGAACAACCUUUAAUUGAAAAAAAUUGUGAAAAAGUUAAUUUAAUACAAAUUGAAAAACUACAUAAAAAUUAUUUUAACAAAUUCGUGCAAGAUAAUAUUGUAAUUAUUGCAAAUUUAAUGAACAGUAUUUCAGAGUCAAAAAAAUAUUACCAAGUACGAAUAGAUGAAUCUCUUAAGCAAAUAUUUGCAGUUGAAAAACUCAGAGAAGAAAUAAAUGCCAUCCAAUUACAUGAAAGACACAAAAAUGUCUUAGAAAAAAAGUUGGAGAACAUUUUUAAACACGUCAUUUCAAGUUUUGAUGCAGUGCACUUUGAUUUGGCAUUUCAAAUGCUUUUUCUAAGUAUAUUAGUUGUAUUUCAAACUUUGGAUCAGUCCAAAUUCAACGAUGAUACCAUCUUUGAAAAUUUGGUCCUAUUAUUAGAUUAUAGUUUAAAAAACAGUGAACAUAUUCAUUCCAAUAUUUCUUCAAUACUCCAAUCAAAUAAAUUUCGAUGUGACUGCAUCAAUUUAAAAAGCCUUAUUGAAGAUAGUCGGAAUACUGACCCCGGAAUUACCGAUCGCAUGCCAUUGUAUUUUGUAAAAACACCACAAAGCCUAAAAUAUUUUCAAUUAGUUAUUGAUGCUGUCACUACCAGUGAUUCCAAUGAAGAUUUAGAAUUAUUAGUCAAUAACGCCAUUUUUCAUUGUUAUAUAAAAUCAGAGUUAAAAGAUCCUGUAGAUUUAUGAACUGUACAACAUUCAAAAGCCAAAGUAUCAUUGACAGAAUUACAGAAGCUAUUCAAAGGUUAGGCCUAUAAAUUCAGAAGAAACAAUUCAACACUAGUUCCUAGACAAUAAUCCAGACGGAACUUACUCGUCAGUUUCUUUUUUUUUUAUAUGAUUACCUUUAUGGAACGUUUAGUUGCCAUAAAAUAUUUAAAUAUAUUUAUUUUACUUUUUAGACCCCCAAAA